UCUUUUUUGCAGAUAAAGCUUGUAACAGAGGCUAUCAAGCUUGAUGAGGAUGCCAAGCUUAAGGAAGCUGCUGAGUUGUACUGCGAGGCCAUGGCUUUCUUUUUACCCGCCAUUGAGUGUAAGUUAUACAUUCCGGACAGAGCCGUUUCUUUGAAAGGAGCCAAAUCACGGUAUUUUAUUGACUUUUGAUAUUUUCGUUAACCUAACUAAGAGCACUCAACUGCAAAUUGAACGAAAAAAUUAUCGAAAGUUUUUAAUUGACGAAAUCAUCGCAAAAUAACAGAUACAGAUUGCUCCUUAGCAUUGGAAGUCAUAGCUUUAAACAAUCGGAGAUUAUAUUGAGAAAAGGGGAGCGGCUAUUUUCAAGUUAUCGUUAGCGCAAUUUUUACGUUAAAAAAGCAAAGAAUGGACGAAGUAAAUAUCUUACAUUUGUUCAUUGCAUUACAUUACAUGUAUGUCUCUUUCUGGUCGUAUGAUUUUUAUCUAGUGGAUGAUACUCACCUAGCUUACGCAGGAGACAAUGUAGGCAACACGGAAUCUGAUGCCUCGCUUUUCUCUUCGAGAGGAGCGCAAAACGCGAGUGACUGGUUGACGAAUCGCAAGGGACCAUGGGAAGGUGAAAGAAGAGAGGCCGUUUCCUCCUUUCCGCCCUUCUUAGCGCGCGAACUGGAUCAUGUUGAAAUCAUGAUCUAGCAAAUGCCAACAACUGGGCCUAGUUGUUCGAAGACUGAUUAGCUCGAUUAACCGGGAUUCUUCUACAUUUUUCUCAAAAGCAUUCUCUUUGUUAAUUUGUAAGAGCAUCUUGUCAUCAAAUUUUAGACAUAUUUGAACAGACAACGGAAGUGAUGACGUCUCAAAAACUAAGUUUCUGAAAUUAUGGGAUGGUUUGGCAUAUCCUGAAAGAACAAGAGGAAAAAUGUUCACUUAAUUGUUAAAAAUGAGACUGUUGAUUCAAAUUGGUGGGGAGAUUUAUGUACCGUUAUGGUCCGAUGACUCCAUAUAAAUCCUUCUAAAAUAAGGCUGGAUCUUAAGCGUUACUCAUAGAACUUACGAUCCAAACCAGUACGUACUGAAAAUUUAGCCGCGCCAAUUAUGAUUUGUCGUUAAAUGUCGUUAAACCGUAAUUUUUAUAUCACAAAUAAAAGAUUCCCGACCUUUUGCAGCGUAGUUGUAGACAAUAUUGGAGCACAUAUUUUGUAAUUUUGUACGUUGGCUGUCUUAUAUAGCCGAUUGUUCCGACUCAUUAAGACCUGUGAACUGCGACAGGGUGGGCUGUAGGCCACUGUUGAGUCGUUAACGGUCAGUCCGCAGUUUGAAAGCUUCGUGGUAAUCUAACUUUGGAAGGACAUGGAAAGUGCCGUGCUCGAGGUUGUGGGUGGGAAUCUUGACUAACUUAUCUCCAGCAGAAACUUGGGCGGUGGCGAGCACCAACAGAGUCAAAGAAAGCAAAAUGUUCGUCUUCAUCACCGAAAUCUGGAAGAGAUUAAACCAUCAUCACUUCCGUUAUCAUUAUCUUUUUAUACAAUAUAGUGAAUGCUACGCGCGCUGUGAUUGGCCGUUGCCCAUGAUAUAUUAGAGUACAGACACACGGAUGACGUCAUGGGGAACUGGUUUUCUUUGUCUUGUUUCUUACAAAGUGAAAGCCUCGAAAAACGUUCAGCAGGAGCUGUUUCAUCAUGAUCAUGAUCCUUUGGUUUCAUCAUCAUCAUUAUCCUUCGGCUGCAGAGCAGUCGACCACACGUUUCCUCCUUCGAUGGCCGUCUUGAGCCAUUUGCAACAGCUGAUUGUUAUUUAGCAAACUAUCAGCAUCCCCCAUAUAAAUCCUUCUAACAUGAACUUCUAGACUUUGCUAACACUCUGGCGUAUCUUACCAAAGACUCGUCCCGCACAAAGCUGAGAUCAAGCUCUAGUUUCAUUUUCCUGGGUACAUUUAGUACAGUACGUGGGUAUCUGAAUUACGUGUGAUCUCGAAUUGAACAGUGAUUGUUGCAUCACUUGCAUGUGCAUUCACAUGAUUAGUACCUUGAUCAGACGGACCUUAAACCCAACACCAGAGUCUUCACGGCUACAUACCAUGCAUAUGAGUACGCAGAACACGGACAUCCCAAGAAUGUGGACAGAUUUUGGCAAAAAAAACUUCGCUAUACAGUUUAUAAAGUGCCGCUGACCAAGAAUAGUCUGCGGCAAUUUUUUUUUUAGUCAACUCUGUAAAUGUCUCACUGAAAACGUCAGAUUCAGGUUGAGAAUUCCUCAGAAUAGAAAAUAAGCAGAUAAAAACUGUCCAGAACAAUUCUUAUGGAUAAAAUUGACGUGAAACUACUUAUUUUUGAGUAGAAGUGUUAAACAGUAAACGGUAAUAUGAGGGGAGACUUGGUCACGUGGUACAAAUUCACGUUUGCCGUUUGGCUAAACGUGAAUCUUAAUCUCUCUAAUAGCGGAACGAUGAGCUUUGACAGCGUUAUAAGAGUAGCGGUAACGACCACAAAAAGACGAUAAUUGUAAAAUACAAUGAGCAAAUUGUCAACUCGUGAGUUUAUAUUUAUGAUGCUGUUUCGGACGCUUCUUAUUCUUAAGGGACGGAGCAAUGAAGAAACGGGGCGCUUAUUCGGAACGGGGUGCUUAUUUUAAUUUCCUUUGGCAAACAACCGAAUAUAACAAGUAAAGAGUACUCUAGAGGGAAAACAGUAACAGUACAUUGAGUAUAAGUAAUGCAAAAAGGAAGCCAUUUGUGUAUUUGGCUUGACAGUGCAAAUAUUCUUUAUACUACAGAUGAGAAAGAUCCAGAGAUGAAAGCAAGAUUACGGGAGAGGGUAAGAUGAACAAUACUGUUUCUUUGCUUUUUGAAUCCUGGGGGUGGGAGAGAAGGUUUUGCUCUACCAAUAUUUGGCCGUUCAGGGUUUGAACCCGGGGGGGGGGGGUACUGCCAUAUAUGGGCUAUAUAGGUAUGUGCCGCUGGGAAGGGUAUGGUUUUCAAGCAGUUUACUCUAGGAUAGGGUAUAUAAAUAAGAGCGUUUGGCUCUAGAAUAGGGUAUCAUUUUUCAGGAAACUGAUCAGUCGGUUGAAGAUUUUAUCUAGGCUAGGUACACAGCUACUCUAGGAUAGGGGGGAUUUGGGGAGUUUACUCUAGUAUAGGGUAGCAAAAUUCAGUUGAACUAGCUCUGGAAGUGGUUAAGGGUUCCAGGCUCCCAGCGGCACAUCCAGAAAUUCCUAAAGUUUCCCCCCCCCCCCCCGCUCCCGGGGGUUUGAAACCCUGAGCCUAGGACAUAAAAUUCCUAAAAACAUACCCUGUUUAGGACAACAUCCUCAAUUUUACAACUCUGUUUAGGACAAAGGACAAAAUGCACGCCGUCUUGUUUUAAAGCCAUUUAUUGGCAAUUACAAUAGAACAAAUUCACGUGUUAUUGCUUUUGUACACUUGGAGUACAAGCAAAAUUCAUCUAGCAAAUCAAGUCAAUCGUGUAGGCAAUACCCUGUUGACAGACUCAAACCAUACCCUGUCCAGCGGCACAUCCCCGCAUAGUCCAUAUGAGGGAGUACCCUUCGCCCUCGAGGUGUAAAUUUUCUUCUCUUGGCCGCAACUCGACAUCCAUAUAAUUGAACUUGAUNGUAAUUACGUAAUCGCACGUGAGACCGCUAGACUAGCCAUGAAAGAACCCAUUAUUGAAUUAUUUUAACCUCGCAUAUCAUUAUGAGUGUUGUGAAUAGUUAUUAUUGUUACAACGUACAUGUUCGUGAUGGCGUUUUAUUUGAGGAAGAAGAGAGAUUGUAGGGACUGAAACAACUCACAGCACAUGUUGUAGAUGGUUUAAAAGUAACCUCUCACUUAGAUCUGUUCAUUCUUUCAAUACUCUUUACGUUUCGUUCAGAGUAUUGAAAGAAUAGGGGGUUGUAGCAUUUAACAGCUGAACAAUAAUUUCUUCUUUAUUUUUCUUCGAUGAGUUUUCUUUUUUCCUAGAUAACAGUGGUAUACUUUUCCCCCCCCCCUCUAAAAGAGAACCUAGUACUGGCGGAAAAAAAAAAACUUUAGUUGCGCGCGAGUGGUACAGGAAAAGACUUUGCAAGCAAGCAGAAACAUGCACUGAAAGUUAUGCAGUGACAUUAAACCUUGAUUGCCCUCAAGUGGACUUUCCAAGCAAAUCGGACUUUUACCAAGUCUUUUGCAUGUGGGAAAAUUUGCCUAAAUUUUAUGUGACAAAUGCGGCUGCUGAAAAAGUGAAGAGCCAGCUUUUACACUAUGGAAAAUAAAAAGCUUCCUCACUCAUAAAUUGUCGUUGGGCAAUUCUCCGCUGUUCUAAGUUCUUUCUGGUGUGUUUAGAAAAGAUCUUUCAUCGUAAAAUUUGGCGCUGUUUGAUCUGUAGGAAUUGAAUGGCCGCCUACAAUUUGCUUGUGUGGCUUCAACCCGCUAUUUAUAGUGUCAGCUAUUAGGAGUAUUUGUACUUCUCGAUAGAAUGUCAGUCCAUUGCAGAAUUCCCUACAGGAUUGUGUUACCAGUAAACAUUUAUACAUCUUUCCCCAGUUUUUCAAACAUAGGAGGGUUUCCCUAAUGCUUGGACACUGGAUGGCGAUUUAUCCGGUGGAUAGGGCUAUAGUCCAUCUGGCCCAGCUGGUUGUUCAAAAGUUGGAAAGCGCUGUCCACUAGAUAUGCACGUUAUUUUUUUCCCUAAUACUUAUCCCCUAGAUAGUGAUUUAUCCGAGGGGUAGCACAAUCCCGCGUUUGAACAACCAGGGCCAGUUGAACCUUUGGGGACUGAGUGGAGUGACUCAACGUGACGCAAAUUUUCCAGUCGAAGAAUAUAACACAAAGGCAGAGACAAGAUCUUCUUUGAUGUAGAGGCAGGUAGUCAAAAUCCUAACUUAGGAUCUUUGUGAGCAGUUUAGCAGGCAAACUGAUUCCUGAACUGAAGCACGACCAACACACAGCAACUCACCUCGCCGCGCCUCUCUGUGAUGGAAAUCAGUGUAUGCUAUUUCUGCCCUUUGUUCAUAGUUGUUUUUGUAUCUUAUUUUUUAUAAGGAUGAACAUGGAGCGUAUGAGAGUGCCCUUCCGCAGUACCAGAUCGCACUUGAAGCACUUUUACCAAUCUUGUCAGGUGAAACCACCUUGAUUGAUAUAAUUGGGAAGUGGUCAAAAGUCCUGUACACAGACGGGACCCACCAUACCACGUAAACACUGAUGGUCUCCUUCCCUACCCCCUUCUCCCCCCGAACCCCUUUCUGUUUGAAUAACCUCCUGUCUAUCGCUAGUGCAAUUAGUACCAAAUUUAAAUAUCUUUGGACAGUUUAUCCAAAAUACAAGCUUCAAGCAUAUAAAAGUGUCUGAUAUCGAAUUUUCCGGGUAAAUGUAUGUGUCCAUUAGACACAUUAGAUGGGUGGUGUCUAGUAUAGCCUCCAGACCCCUGGUCAAGGUCGGCCCUCUUUUUUUUUUCUUUUGACCAAUUCUUCCCAUAUACGUGUAUUCUGAACUGCAAACCAACAGUGUUCCCCCGAUGAACGGCUAAGCCCGGAUCUUUUGAAACUUUACCACAACAAUUUUGUUCUCGCUAAUUUUCUGAUUGCUUAAUACUUUAGUCUGUAAAGGCUAUCACUUGAUUGCUUAAUUUGUUUUUUUUUUAUAUUCAUUUAUUUUACAAUCAAGUACUUUUGCACCAAUGUAAGCAGAAUGUAAGUAAUUAUAGAAAUGCUAGUGACACAGUUUAUGACAGGAGUUGGCAGAUAAAUUCCCAGAAAACCUUCGUUUCCAGAUCAGAGUCUCUUUCAACUAGCUAGAGUUACAGUUUUGUUUUUUCAGUUUUGUGCCUCUCUUGUUUUUAGGAACACCUCGUGGCCCAUACAAAGAAGCUCUGCAUUUAGAGGCAAGUUUACCGCUUCAUAAUAAAUUUUUGGGAAGUUUAAUACUAUAAUCAGAUAAAUGCAAUUAUUAUUCAGGAGAAGGUCAAAAGCAAUUCACCUGUGCAGAUGCCUUCAUUUAUAACCAAGCCUUUAGUCAUGGUACAGUAGAUGUAAUAUAUUCUCUGGAUUAAACUGCAAUAAGGCAAAAAGUAUGAAUAAGAAAGAAAGAAGUCAAAUUUACGUUAAAAGAAAAAAAGCAGGUUUACCUAACAUAGAUGUGCCAGUAGUUAACGCAGUUGACUAUAAUAUCCUUAAACUAUUGUUUUCUUUUCAUUUUUGGCGGGUUGGUUUAGUAGUGUAGUGGUACACUGAAACGGGGGCGGGGGAAGGGGGAGGGGUGGUAUUAGCACACGAAUAGGCCAGGGCUUGAUUAUGAAUUGUGAACUUCGGAUCAUUAUCCUGAACUUCUUUCUUUUUGUAAGGAGGGGGGUUUUAACUUACAUGGCCAUCAUCUAUGCAGAUUUACUUGUCUAUAGAGCGUUUAACCUUUUAAACCUAACAUCUAAAUACAAAUUCUCUUUUCCUGUAACCUGCUAUCAGGGGUUCACCUUUCGGGGAAGCGCGUAAAGGAAGAAGGAUGCCUUUUUUUGUCCUUUUGUUUCCAAAGCGUUAAUGGGGAGAAGCCAUUGAAAUAAAGGGAUUUGUAUAUAGUGCAUCGUUAGUUGAAGGAGAAAUUACUGAUCAUUCUUAGAACUUAAGGGUUAAUUUCAGUUCACGGCAAACAAUCGUUAGUGUAAUGGCUUAGCAAUAUUCUCAUUUUUGUUUCCUUAGCGUUUUUAUUAUCAAUUUUCCUUUUUGUUUUUGUACAGGUCGCUAAAUACAUGAGACGGGCCGAAGAAAUCAAGCUUUACAUUAAGGUAAUCAAUCAUUGCACUGUACCUUCGUAUUAUCAGGAAAGAACUCACUUAAUCUCCCAUUUGAGCUUCUAUUUUAGAUAAUUUCCUAAAUCCCAAAUUUUACGCAGUAGUUAUUACAAGAUCACCCUUAAAGUUUUAUUUCUUAACUCAAAGGACAGAACUGUAUAGUACAGCCUAUACUGUAUCACUGUAACAGAGUACAAUUCCCAAAAAUAUCUACUACUACACUAGCUUAUCCAUUUUCCUGACCUCAGAUCGCAGGGAUGUCGCGGAAAACAAAGUUACCGAAAAUUAAACGUACGUGAUCUGGGAAAAGAGGGUGAUGGCUUCAUUUUUCCUCAAACCCCCCUGCCCACGCGUUAUCCGCAAUAUUAAUAGUUUUCUCGAUAUUCUGCGUUCAUCACUAUUUUAGAACGCAGCAUAUUAAGAAAACAGCAGUGUACCCCCAGGUCGCCCUGCGAACUUGUGCGUUGAGCUUUGUCCGAAUCCAGGAGUCUAGACAACUUUAAUAAACAGAAGUUUUCAACAGUACAGGACAACUUCUGUACAUCAACCGCAGACACACUUGUACCGGCCCCCUGUCCCAGAGGAGUGCUUGCACGAUUUCAUGCGUGGCCUCAAAAUCUUGGAAUACUGACGAGCAAGUUACCCUCAGCAUGUUUCUGUUUAUAGCUAAGCAAAGAAAGAAUGAAAGUUAUACCAAGUUCAGUGGAAGAGGACCAGUCACGUGAGUGUUAUUUAUACAUCUUGUAUUCUAUGUGA